AUGACAGGCAUCGCCGCCGCCUCCUUCUUCUCCAACGCCUGCAGGUUCGGGGGCUGCGGGCUCCACUUCCCAACCCUGGCAGAGCUCAUCGAGCACAUCGAGGACAACCACAUCGAUACAGACCCUCGUGUAUUAGAGAAACAAGAACUUCAGCAGCCAACCUAUGUUGCUCUAAGUUACAUUAACAGAUUUAUGACUGAUGCAGCUCGACGUGAGCAGGAGUCUUUGAAGAAAAAGAUUCAGCCAAAACUCUCUUUGACUUUGUCAAGCACAGUGUCCCGUGGGAAUGUAUCUACUCCACCUCGCCACAGCAGUGGAAGCCUUACACCUCCAGUCACCCCUCCAAUCACUCCCUCCUCUUCAUUUCGCAGUAGUACUCCUACAGGUAGUGAAUAUGAUGAAGAGGAAGUAGACUAUGAAGAAUCAGACAGUGAUGAGUCCUGGACUACAGAAAGUGCUAUCAGCUCUGAAGCUAUCCUUAGUUCAAUGUGCAUGAAUGGAGGGGAUGAGAAACCUUUUGCCUGUCCUGUUCCUGGAUGUAAAAAAAGAUAUAAGAAUGUGAACGGUAUCAAGUACCACGCCAAGAACGGCCACAGAACACAAAUCCGCGUACGCAAACCAUUCAAAUGUCGCUGUGGAAAGAGUUACAAGACAGCUCAGGGCCUGCGGCACCACACAAUCAAUUUCCAUCCCCCCGUGUCUGCUGAGAUCAUCAGGAAGAUGCAGCAAUAA